CCAGUCUGUGCUCUGUUACUUGGCCAGGUCACGAAUAUGUAAUGUAGCGUCUCGUGUAUCCUGUUUUGUCCGGGGAUUAAUGAUACGAGAAGAUGAGAGAAUGUCAGUUUGUAUAACCUGGAAUAUGGUGUAAACCUCUGAUCAGACAGGAAGAUUUAUGUUUGCUUGAAGUUGCUGCCACAACUAUUUUCAAGAAGACCAGUUGAUGUAUCAUGGCGGAGCCCGUAUGCCAGAGCAUCAGCUCGACGACCUCGUUACACUGGGGUGACAUCCUCACUAUAACGCUGUACUUUGUGGUGGUUCUUGCGGUUGGAAUAUGGGCGACGGUGCGAGCCAGCAAGACAAGCGCCACUGGCUAUUUCCUGGCGGGGAAGAGCAUGACAUUUUUCCCGAUUGGCGCCUCCAUAUUUGCCAGCAAUAUCGGAGCUCCUAUCUUCGUGGGCCUGUCUGGGACUGCGGCUGCUGCUGGAAUCGGCGGCAUGAUCUUUGAGUGGCAUGCUAUUCCCUUCAUCCUGAUGUUGUCGUGGGUGUUCGUGCCGGUGUUCACGGCCUCGGGGGUGUUUACUAUGCCCGAGUACCUGAAGAAGCGAUACGGCAGAACGAGGCUGAGGGUGUACUUGUCUCUGCUGUCUAUAGUGCUGUACAUCAUCACCAAGAUAUCGGUGGAGAUGUACGCUGGGGCCGUGUUUGUUCAGCUACUGCUGGGGUGGAGUAUGUAUGCCUCUGGGAUUCUCGUCCUGGUCUUCUCAGCAGCCUUCACCAUGACAGGUGGGCUGACGGCGGUAAUGUUCACGGACACCCUACAGACCAUCGUGUUGACGGGAGGGGCCUUCUUCCUGUUGUUUAGAGGUAUCUCAGAGAUAGGAGGUUACGACAAGCUGGAGACAAAGUUCAUGCGAGCAAUCCCUAACACGACCAUAUAUGGCAACACGACAUGCGGCAUCCCCCGGGCCGACUCCUUCAGCCUCCUCCGGGACCCCCUCGAGUCCGACUACCCCUGGCCAGGAACUAUGAUCUUCAACAUCCCCGGCGACAUCUGGUUCUGGUGUUCGGAUCAGAUCAUGGUACAACGGUCGCUUGCAGCUAAGAAUCUGUCCCACGCUAAGGGCGGGUCUAUAUUGGCGGGGUACCUGAAGAUCCUCCCCUUCUUUUUGUUCAUGGUGCCAGGGAUGGUAGCAAGGAUUCUCUACCCAGACGAAGUUGCGUGCGCGGAUCCUGAGGUAUGCAAGUGUAUCUGUGAUAAUCCAACCGGAUGUUCAAAUAUAGCAUACCCACUACUCGUCGUCAGGAUCCUCGGCCCAGGUCUGAGAGGCUUGAUGCUGGCUGCGCUGUUCGCAGCAGUGAUGAGUACACUGACGUCAGUGUUCAACUCUGCCAGUAGCAUCUUCACCAUGGACUUGUGGAGGAGAUACAGGAAGCAGGCCAAGGAUUUCGAGUUGCUCAUUGUUGGAAGGGUGGUCGUCAUUGUGCUAGUUGGUCUGGCGAUCAUGUGGAUUCCCAUCAUGCAGGCAGCACAAGGGGACCAGCUGUGGCAGUACUGGCAGAUGCUGAUGUCGGCGGUCGGGCCCCCGUGGGCCAUGGUCUUCAUCAUGGGCUUCUUCUGGAAGGGGACAACAGAGCCUGCUGCAUUUUUCGGCAUGUUGGCUGGACAAGCGGUCGGGUUUUCGCGUCUCAUCCUGGCGUUUGUGUACCCAACGCCACCUUGCGGCGAGGAAGACAACCGCAUCUACUUCCUGAAGAUCCACUUCCUGUACGUAGCUGCCAUAGAGACGGCAGUGUCAGGCGUUGUUAUGAUCGGCCUGAGUCUCCUGACUGAGAGACGCUCCCGGUCGAAGUUACACCGGGUCACGUGGUGGACCAGAAAUGACGUAACACUGCCCGAUCUCACUGAUGACGAAGAAGAAGCUGACGUCGGCGAUGAUCCAAACAAUGGAAACGGGACACCAAAAUGGCUGUCAAGACUGGAAACGUGCUGCGGCCUACAGAAGCGACCAGACAAGCUCUCUGAAGAUGAGUCGAAGGCCAUCCAAGCAAAGUUGACCUCCAUCAAGGAGAAGCCAAGAACCAAAUUAUUACUUGACAUAAAUGCAGUGAUUCUCUUAGGCAUAACUGCCUUUAUCAUAGGUUUCUACCACUAGUUUAAAUAAGGGCGACUGAAUUUAGCGAUGGUGGUAGUUUGGGAUGCGGGAAUACCGCGCCUGACUCGCCGAAAUAGUACCCGCCCUAUUUGGAUUUUACUUGUCAGUGGACAGCCUGAACAGUUCCUAUGAAGUUUAUUUUACACAAUUAGGCAGAAUGCGCCGUUAUUCAUUUGUUCAUUUGUGUUUUAGCCUUGAUCUUCAGAAACAUGUUUUUCGUGUGAUAAGAAGUUAUUUAAUAUCAACUUGUGCUAUUUGCUGAAUAGUAAUACGUUAUAAGGGUCCUACCAUUUCAUAUUCUGGGAAGGGAAAUGCUGUUCCCAAAGAUACUGUAAAAACUUAUCCUCAGGUUUAGCAAACCUGAUAAAUCUGUUGAUCUGAUAAAUAGUGAUUUGUGACUCCCUUACAUGUUGUUCUACAAUACACAGAAUUUAUGUUUUGAAGGCAAAACUCUUUUACUGUUUCCAACACUGCUCUUCCCCUCCUCCAGAACUUUGAAUGGUCGGUCCCUGAGCAAAACAAUUGGCACUUGCAGUGCCACCGAGGUUUAACAAUGAUUUCCACAAUAUAUACCACACCAGCUGAAAUAUACUGUGCAUGGAAUUUCGGGCAUGUUUCCCGUUUAUAGAAGUUAGAGCUUGACCCAAGUGUGUCUGUAGGUCUUCGCUGACAAUACGUCUGACGUGUCUCUGACCUGCUGUCUGUGGGUCUACAAAGGCAAUACGUCUGACGUAUUUCUGGCCUGCCGUCUGUGGGUCAACAACGACAAUAUACUGACGUGUCUCUGACCUGCUGUCUGUUGGUCUACAACGACAAUAUACUGACGUGUCUCUGACCUGCUGUCUGUUGGUCUACAACGACAAUAUACUGACGUGUCUCUGACCUGCUGUCUGUUGGUCUACAACGA